UUCGAGGCGUUGACAGUGCCUUAAAAUGCCGAAUGGCUUGUUCGUUGGAAACUAGACUCAUAAGCCCUUGAUCUUUGGCUAUCCGUUGCGAGAGGCAAAUCAUCAUCCCGUCAAGCAAAGAAUGGCUGCUGCCAACGUCUGGUCCAACAAUCUAAAUGGAUUGCCAUCUCCUCCAUCCAGUGCUUCUGGUGGGUGGGACCGACCCGCGGUUGAACUGUCGUCGAGCGUAUUUGAAGUAGUGAAACCAACACGCUACGUAAACGUCGAAGGAUCCAUAGAUGUCAACACCCGCUUUUUUAUGGGCCCCAAUGGCUGGAAUCAUGAUUUUUCGAUAACUCUUGCUCUGAUCGCGCCAUCCAUUGCCUCCCAACCAAUCGACUGGCAGACAGAGGGUUCAGCACCACGUAACCCUCAAUCCUUCAUCACGUUGGCACCCUCGGGCCGAAUCACCGUUGACUCACAGCUCACCUGUGUAACGUUCAACAUUUCUCUUCCCACAACAUCCAAGCUCUUCCCGGGGCCGGGAGAGGCGAGGGCUUUCGGAGUAAAAGUCAAAGCCUUUGCUGUGGAGGAUCCGAGCAGGAUGGUCACUGCCACUAGCGAGGUGCCAUUUGUCGUCGUGAAUCGGGUUGGGACUGUCUUAGAUAGGCGCCCAAGCUGUCAGUGAUGAAUCACGUAUGAGGCCUGCCGUUGCGUUCGCUUGCCAAACAUACACCUUCUUUCCUCUUGUACCCUUGCUUUGUGGAUCCUCAUCUACACCAUUUCGCAACGUUCGCGUCAUUGCAAGAGUUCCUCCUUGGCUUGAAGCUACGACGUCACAAAACACUGUAUCAUUAUGCAUCCAUCUCCGCAUAGACCA